UUGGCCCUUAAGGGACGCCGUAGCGAAGUACAUUCUCGUGACACAGCGGUGUAAAGACAUCUCUGCUUCUGAAAGUCUCCAGUUCUUCCAGUAUGGAGGGGGAGCCCCUUUCGGCCCUCUGCACCCCCGCUUUGGUGGUGGAUGUGGACAAAGUGAAGAGAAACGCGCAGAGGAUGAUGGAGCGCUGCCACCAGCUGGGAGUCCAACUCCGACCGCACAUGAAGACCCACAAAACCCUUGAGUGUGCUGACAUCAUGACAGGUGGAUCCCGGAGGUGCAUUGUGGUUUCCACCCUGGCAGAGGCCACUUUCUAUGCUGACCAUGGCUUUGCUGACAUCCUGUAUGCAUACCCUCUUCCCUUUGACAAGGUAGAGCGCUGUGCCGCUCUGUCGGAGAGACUGGACCUUUUCCAAGUUCUGCUCGACCAUCCCGACGCGCUGGAGCGGCUCCGGAAGAGGCCACUGAAAGGCGGCCGGCGGUGGCACGUGUGGCUCAAGCUCGACUGUGGAAAUGGGAGAGCUGGCGUCCUGCACUCAGAGCCAGAGGCGCUUCAACUGGCUCGGGCCAUCGCUGAGGCAGAUGGCGUGGAGCUGACUGGGGUGUAUGCCCACUGUGGGAACACGUACAACUGCAAAGGGGUGGAGCAAAUACAGGCCGUCGCCCAGGAAACCACCAGCUUUACGCUGCAGUUCAUGGAAAAAUUGAAGGCCGUUGGCAUCAGCUGCAAGUCCAGCAUCGGCUCCACCCCCUCCUGCAGUCAUCCCGUCUCAGACAUGGGAAAACUGAGCGAGGUGCAUCCUGGAAACUAUGUCUUCUACGACGUCCAGCAGUCUAUGAUUGGCUCGUGCGGUCUGGAAGACGUGGCUGUGAGGGUUUUGACGAGGGUCGUAGGACACUGUCCCCAUAGAAACCAGCUCUUGGUCGACUGUGGAUGGAUGGGAAUCAGUUUGGACGGAGCUGGAAAGCUUCCCACUGGAUACGCUAUCAUCGAAGGCCACCCAGACCUCAAGUUGUUGUCUAUGACUCAAGAGCAUGGGAGAGUGGAGCCCAUCUCAGGUCCACUGGACUACAGCAAAUACCCCAUAGGCUCUCUGCUCACACUGAUCCCCUAUCAUUCUUGUGCGGCGGCCGCGAUGCACCCUGUGUACCAUGUGCACUCUGAGGGUCGCCUGAUGGGAAAGUGGACACCCACCCGGGGGUGGUGAACAUAUGUCCAGACGUACACUUGAAGAAGCUGGAGAUGAAUCAAUAUAAAGAAAAGUACAAUUAUAAGAGAGGGAAUAUUGCAUCAUUCCUUAUUAUGUAGAUAGAUUGCAAAAAUAAAACUUGUGAGCUAACACAGUGAGCAGCAAUGGAAGCCCUGGAAGGGGAAGUGGAAAUGUGGGGUUGAAUACUGUCUGAUUUCUAAUAAAUCAAAAUCAGAAUGAGUUG